AUGUAUCUGCCUCCUGCUACCAUUCCUCUGUCUAGACGUUUAUACCCUUUCUUUACCUCCUUCUUUCUCUCUAUCUUCCUCUUUCUUUUUUGUUUUUUCACUAUUUCUUUUAUGCUUUCUUUUUUCUGUUCUUCUGCCUUUCUUUUUCUCUGCCUUUUGCCUGCCUGUCUAUCUAAGUCUGUUCUUUCUUUCUAUCUCAGUUUGUUCAUUAUCUAUCUAACUCAGUCUGUUCUUUCUAUCUAUCUUUAUCUGUUCAUUAUCCAUCUAUCUACCUCAGUCUGUUCUUUUCUAUCUUUUCAUUAUCUAUCUCAGUCUGUUCUUUCUAUCUAUCUCUGUUCAUUAUCUAUCAAUCUCAGUUUGUUCUUUCUUUCUCUCUAUCAAAUGGACACCCAAAAAACACAAGCAUACAUUUCUCCAGCCACUGUUACUAUUCUGUUAAGAGAACCAGCUUUAAAGUUUUAUUGA